AACCCGCUCUCUCGCAGACACAGAGACACCUACGCGUUUUAAACUCUCACUCCGGGUGAAGGUCGUCUUUAUCCAGGCGUAACAGGCAAGCUCUGCCCGGUAAACGUUUCUGCUCCCGUACAGUAGUUAACGUUUUGUCGGACCUACUUCUCCUGCUGUCGCUGACAGGCGGUGCUUCGGUCGCUCCCAAACAUGGCCUCCAUGACGGAGCGACCGCUUCAACUUUAAUUUUUCGCCAAUUUUCAGAGCAAAACCGUCUUUUUUUCCUCCCACGAACAACGGGAAUGUUUCGUCGGAAAAUAUUAUCAUGUCAGACUUGUGAAACAGAUGUUAUCUCUCGGAGAAGUUCGCUGUUGGAUUUAAACAGAUCGGUUUAAGUUGGCUGGAAAGCUGGAGAGGAAAAAGAGAAUUGCAUCAAAUCAAAUGCCAUCUGAGGCUCAGUCUCAGGAGCCUCGGGACAGAGGACCGCCCCCUCCCGUCACCCGCGCCGGACGCAGCGCUCAGCUGGCCAAAGCCGCCGCUACUAGCCCCGCCCCUGAGAGGCGGCCUCGUGGGCGACCUCGGAAAGAUGGGAGCAGCGGCCGCUCUGCGCCUCCCACCCCACCUCCUCCACCUCCUCCUCCACCUCCCCCACCUCCCAAAUCAAGGAAGAAGGGGCGGAGUCGAGGCCGAGCCCAGGUAGAGGAUGAAGAGAGCAUGGACGCCACGGAGAAGAAGCCCCCCCAGAAGACAGAGGUGAAGGAGAAGACAACAGGACGCCGUCGGUCCACCUCCAGGAGAAAAUCCAACACAAACCCUGAACCCGACCCUGAACCCGACCCUGAACCCAGCCAGGACCGGCUCAGUCCGGAACCUGAGCCGGAUCCUGACCCCCCUCACCCUGACCCUGCAGUCCCAGAAUCCAGCCCAGAACCAGCUCUCACUGCUGAGGAGGAGGACAGAACCAGCCCUGCUCCUGCUGCCCCGCUCCCGGCCUCCAUCCCUGGACCAGCUUCCAGUCCUGGGGAAGAACCUCGUGUCAGUCCCCUGCCCCCGUCCCCAGACCGUAGCCCCAUUCACAGCCCCAGACCAGCUCCUGAUCCUGUGGAGGAGGACCGGCUCAGCCUGAGCCACAGCCCCGCCCCCAUGGAGAUGGACCGCAGUCCCAACACGGUUCCUAUGGAGACAGAAGGGGGCGGGGCCAGUCCCGCGGAGCAGAGUCCCGCCCUGAGUCCCUGCUCCAGUCCUCCGGUCUCCCCCUGCCCUCGACUGGAGGACGAGGACUCGCUGUCCCCUCUGUUCCAGCGGUGUCUGUCAGAGGACUCUGGGAGCUCGCCCACCCCCAGCCUGGGACACACCAAAAAACGUCUGAAGCAGUGUGCCUUCUGUUACCGUGGCGACGAGCCUCCUCUGGGCCAGGGCCGCCUGGUGGUGUUCGGCCCGACGCCGGGCUACAUCCCGCUCCACAUCCUCAACCGCCGCGCCUCCUCCGACCGAGACAACGACUGCCACGACCACUGUUACCGCGGCGACCAGGCACCGCCCACGUGCAGCAGUCCAGAACAAUGUGAGGAGGAGUCUUCCUCAGAGUUUGUGGAGCAGCUCGGACCCAUCGGCCUUCCACAUGACAUCGACGUCCAAUCACUGUUCGACCCCACAGGUCAGUGCUGUGCUCACCUGCAGUGUGCAGCCUGGUCAGAGGGGGUGUGUCGCGGCGAGGGCCAAUCACUGCUCUAUGUGGACAAAGCCAUCGACUCAGGAAGCACACAGGUGUGUGCGUUCUGCCGUCGGCUCGGGGCGUCGCUGCGUUGCCGGGAGACGAGCUGUGGGCGGAGCUACCACUUCCCCUGUGCUGCUGCUGCCGGAGCGCACCAGGAUUGGAACCAGAGACACACACUGUGUACAAGACACACACACACAGUGUCCUCGCAGUGUGUGUCGUGUUCGUGUGGCGGCGAUGUCGGCGGCCUGUUGAUGUGUUGUUGCUGUGGUAACUGUUACCAUGGAAGCUGCCUGGACCCCCCUCUGGCCCCCUCGCCCCUGUGCAGGGCCGGCUGGCAGUGUCCUCAGUGUCGAGUGUGUCAGAGCUGCAGGCUGCGCGGGGAUGGCGGUGUGUUGCUGGUGUGUGAGCGCUGUGAUAAAGCCUACCACACACACUGUCUUACACCACCUCUGGAUCACACACCGAGCACCGGCUGGAGUUGCAAGAACUGCAGAAUCUGCCACCGCUGUGGUAUGAGGUCAUCAGGCCAGUGGGCCAAUCACCCGUUUCUGUGCGAGUCAUGUGACCCGGCUCUUCCCUGUCCUCUCUGUGAUCGUGCCCCCGACCUCUACACACCACAGGACUAUCUGACUUGUAUCUGCUGCUAUAGGUGUGUCCAUACAGAGUGUAUUGUCCAGGCUGGGGAGGGCAGGGCGGGGUCUGAAGAUUACGUCUGCUCCACCUGCAGGCUUCAGGAGGAGGAGCUAAUCCCACACACUCCAAUCCCAUACAGUCCUACCCCGGCCUCAGCCCUCAGUCCCACACAGGCACCACCUAUUAGCAUUUCACAGCCACCAAUUCCAAGUCACACAGAUGCUCCACUCAUCAGUUGUACCGCUCACAGCCCAGUCCAGCUCAUCUGCUCAGAGCCACCACAGAGUCCUACCAAGACCCUCUGCAUACAAUCACAGCAAAGUCUUAUGCCAUCUCACCCUGAACCCACAGAGCUCCAACAUAGUCCUGCACCGUCUCACCCUGAGCCCACAGAGCUCCAACAUAGUCCUGCACCGUCUCACCCUGAGCCCACAGAGCUCCAACAUAGUCCUGCACCCUCUCACCCUGAGCCCACAGAGCUCCAACAUAGUCCUGCACCGUCUCACCCUGAGCCCACAGAGCUCCAACAUAGUCCUGCACCGUCUCACCCUGAGCCCACAGAGCUCCAACAUAGUCCUGCGCCAUCUCUCCCUGAACCCACAGAGCUCCAACGUAGUCCUGCACCACCUCUCCCUGAACCCACAGAGCUCCAACGUAGUCCUGCGCCAUCUCACCCUGAAUCCACAGAGCUCCAGCAGAGUCCUACGCCAUCUCACCCUGAACCCACAGAGCUCCAGCAUAGUCCUACGCCAUCUCACCCUGAACCCACAGAGCUCCAACAUAGUCCUGCGCCAUCUCACCCUGAACCCACAGAGCUCCAACAUAGUCCUGCGCCAUCUCACCCUGAACCCACAGAGCUCCAGCAGAGUCCUACGCCAUCUCACCCUGAACCCACAGAGCUCCAACAUAGCCUUGCGCCAUCUCACCCUGAACCCACAGAGCUCCAACAUAGUCCUGCGCCAUCUCUCCCUGAACCCACAGAGCUCAAACAUAGUCCUGCGCCAUCUCUCCCUGAACCCACAGAGCUCCAACAUAGUCCUGCGCCAUCUCACCUUGAACCCACAGAGCUCCAACAUAGUCCUGCGCCAUCUCUCCCUGAAUCCACAGAGCUCCAACAUAGUUCUGCGCCAUCUCACCCUGAACCCACUGAGCUCCAACAUAGUCCUUCGCCAUUUCACCCUGAACCCAUAGAGCUCAAACCUAGUCCUGCACCAUCUCACCUUGAACCCACAGAGCUCCAACAUAGUCCUGAGCCAUCUCACUCUGAUCCAACAGAGCUCCAACAUAGUCUUGCACCAUCUCACCCUGAUCCAACAGAGCUCCAACAUAGUCCUGCACCAUCUCACCCUGAUCCCACAGAGCCCCCACAAAUUCUUACACCAUCUCAUUCUAAUCAAAAAGAGCUCCAGCAAAGUCCACCUCACAGUGUUCCAACAGAGCAUGAAACAAGCCUUUCGCAAUCUCACCUUUAUAGUGCAGAGCCCCAACAAAGUCCCGCCCAGUCUUACCCUCAUCCUACAGAGCUCCCACAAAGUCCUGCGCCAUCUCACCCUGAUCUUGCAGAGCUCCGGGAAAGUCCUUCGUCAUCUCACCCUGGUCCAACAGAGCUCCAGGAAAGCCCUGCGUCACUUAACCUUGAUCCUACAGAACACCAGGAAAGCCACACCCCACCUCAACUUAGUCCACCAGAGCUUCCACAAAGCCCUACACAGUCUCACUCUGGUCAAACAGAACUCCAAAAAAGUCCUGUGCCAUGCCCUGCUGGUCCUGCUGAGCUGCAACAAAGCCCUACCCAUGUGACUUCCACGCAGGUUCAGCAUAGUCCUCGUCAGCUCAGUUACACCUCUUCAAGCCCUAUCCAGAAUUCCACAGAGGAUCAGUUUAUGGCCACAGAAUCUCCGCAGAGUCCAAGCCAGGGUAGUUCCAUGUCUUGUAGCCAUGCACAUUCUCCGCACAGCCCACCACCACACAGUCCAAACCAAGCAAGGCUUAGUCCUACUUGGGUUCAGCCAGGGCCUGCAGAGCCUCAGCAAAGCCCUUCACCACACAGUCCUGCGCAGGACAGCACUAAACAGAUGCAGCUUGAGAGACCAUGGAGUCCUAUGAAAAUCAUCAUCACACAGCUUCAGCACAGCCCCCCACAAAGACGACAUAGUCCUGCACAAGUCAGCACAUCACAUCCACAGAGUCCCACACAGGAUGCUGAACCUACACUGGACCAGGAGAGCCCUGGAUCAAACAGCCCUGCUCAGCAGCAAUGUGGGGCUGCACAGGACAUUUCUACACUGGACCAGGACCUCUGUAGACCAGUCUACUGUAGGUCUACCCAGACAACAAGAAGACAUGCCUCACUGAGGCCCAUUUCAGCUCCAUGUAGCCCAUCACUGGCCCCACUCAGAGCCACACAGUGUAGUCUGUCGCAACCUGCAAGCCCAGUACAUGUCUACUCUUCACAACCUGUUAGGCCUUCACAGCUUAGUCUACUUCCUUCUCAGCUUGCUACACAGUCAAGUGGCACAAAGGAAUGCACCCAAACCAGUACCAUUGAGCUGAAGUCCUUGGCGCAUAGCUCUAUUCAGAGUUCUAACAUUGAUGGCCAAACACUGGAAAGUAGCCCUAUCCCUCUUAGCCCCACCUCUGACCCGUCCUCAAUGCCCCCUGAUAGCCACAGCACAAAUUGCAAACUCCCAAACCAGCUUGGUUCUGUUCAAAGUAGCACGGUUAGCCCGGACCAUUCCAGCCCCCUUCACGUCCCUGUCAUACCCACACCAGAAAGCCUUGUUCACAUUAGCACUUCAAUGGAACACAGUAGCCUAACUUGCUCACCUUGUGCUGAUGAACCGGAGGAAAUUCCUCCCCCAGCUUGCCACAUUCAUCACAGUCCUUCUUGUGACAGCCCAUCAUGCUGCACAGAAGCUAUUGAAGGUAAAUCCAGCCCCAUACCUAUCCAAAAUAGCCCUAAACAUGCCAGUCAAAUGCCUACUAGCCCUGCCAGCUCUCUUCAGGCCUGUGCUAGCCCCAUGCCAAUGGAGACUAGCUCUGCCCAUGUCAGCCCUAUAGCUGCAGAGAUUAGCCCCUUAACACAACCAGCCAGCCCUGUAAUGCUACCAGCCAGCUACUCUGAGCAACCAAUCGACCCCUUGGCACUACCUGUUAGAUCCUCAGCACAACCAGCUAGUCCCUCAGCAGUACUGGCUACACCCAUCCACCUCAUCUCAUGUCAGGAGGAGGAGAUUGAGGUAGCUGUCGACCACCCUAGUCAUUUUAUUCAGUCAGAAACUAGUCCCAGUCAUCAUAACUCCACUCCGGACAGUCCAGUACAUACUAGCCCUACUCAUGCUAGCCCAGUCCACACAGAAGCUAACAAUGGCUACAGUCUGAUGGGCUCCAUGCAUGCUCAAGACAGAACUAGUCCCUCUGUUUGUAGUUUCACAGCGCUUGCACAGACUCAGACAAGCCAAAGUCCCACACAUCCUGGUCAGCCAAGUCCCUCACAUAUCCAAACUACCUGCAGUCCUUCACAGACUUCUCCAAUACAGACAAGCCCCCUGCCAACUCCAACUAGCUUUAGUCCUCCACACUGUAGGCAGCCUGAUGCUAGCUUAGCUAGUAGCUCUAUUAGCCACAGUCUGAGUCAUAGUGGCCAGACAAGUUCCCGCUCUGCUAACGUAAGUGAUGUUAGCUUCAUCCACAGUCCACCUAGGUCUAGUCCUGCUGGUCAAGCUAGUCCUGUUCACAUACAAAGCACCUCUAGUAGUGCCCACUCAGGCCCAGUCCAAAGACAGACUCCCUCAUUGGCUAGCACGACAUACAGCAGCUCUGCACAUGCUACUGUCACUUGUGUUAGUCCACCUCACAGUCCAGCUCAGGCCAGUGAAACAAAUUGUAGCCCCACAGGUAGCCCCCAUUAUAGCCCAGCUCCUGACACUGUAACCAGGUCUGGCCUUACUGUGGCACGGCUAAGCCCCACUUUGGCUAGUUCAAGUCUUGAGGUGGCCAGUUCCAUAAUCCAGAGCUCUGUUCUUCCCAGUGAGGUUCAGCUUGAUUCUGGCCUUGUUAAACCUACAGACAGUAUUAGACAGACGAGCCCAACACCUGCCAGUUCCCUACCCGAUGACUCAUCUGCUGUUAUCCCCAACCAGGCUAGUCUGAACCAGGUUAUCCAGUCCCUAGCUAGUCCUCUCCAUACCCCAGACAGGUCUGCUUUUGAAAGCCAACAAAGCACUGCCUCGGGAAGCCCCUUGUCUCAAAGACCAGCCACCCCUGUUGAUGCUACUUCCACUCAGGCUAGUCCAAGCCAUGCUAGCCCAGUCCAUUCUACUCCCACUCAGGAUAACACUUCGAUGCCUAGCACAAGCCACACUAGUGAAACGCCCGCUAGUCCCCCACCCUGUGCCCCCUCACAGGUUAGCCCUGCUCAUGCUCCACAAGCUCAAGCAAGCUCUAUGCUCAGUAGCCCAGAUACUAGUUUUGUUUGUGGCCCCUUGCAAUCAGGUGAUACCCAGGUUAACCCUAGUCCUUCCCCUACUGGCCCUGUGUGGCCAGAGACUAGUCCUAGUCCUGGUCCUGCUAGUCCUGUGCUGUUAGAGGCUAGUCCUGGUCCUGCUAGCCCAAUGAGGUGUGAGGCUAGCCCUGGUCCUGAUUCUGUUAGCCCUGUUCUUGCCACCUCUGGGCAGUCUGAAACCAGCCCUAGUCCUGGUCCUACUAGCCCUGUGCAGCCUGAUGCUGGUCCUGGUCCUGGAAGCCAUUCUGUUGCCAGCCCCCAGCAGCGCACACAAACAGAGAGGGAGUCUGCAGCCACAGUAGACGUCAGCAUGGCUGACGAGCAGGAGGAGAUAGUGGAACAGAGGAAGACUGAAGAGGAGGAGGAGGAAGAGACGCAGAGCGAAUCUCCACAGCAGGAGGAGGUGGAGGAGCCUCAUCAGACAACAAAGGAGAGUCCAGAAGAGGAGCAGCCUGUUGACAGGACGGAGGAAGGAGGAGAACAAGACCAGGAGGAGGAGGAUCAGCACAGCAGCUCAAACUGUCCUCCUUCAGGAGUCCAGCUGGGAUCUGUCCUGAAUGAAGACCAGCAGUCUCCUCCUCAUACUGCUGCUGCCUCCCCCCUCCUCCCACAGCCAGCUCCUCCCUCUCCCCAACCCACCACACCACACUCUGCCUUACCCCCCCAACAACCUUCCUACUCCCCACCAUCUUCACCACCUGCCUCCCCCUUCCCCUCACAACGAUCUCCUUCUCCUCUUAGAGCUGGCUCUCUGGAGGCCUCCCCCUCCUCCUCCCCUCACAAGGCUGCCUUACUCCUCUCCUGCUCCCCCCACACCCCGCCUCCUCCCUCCCCUCCUCUGGAGGACCACCCCCAGCAAGAGGAACCUACCAAUCAAAGGGAAGCCGAGACCGGGAAGGGAGCGGAGUUGGGGCUAGAGAACAAACCGCUUUCCUGUCAUGUGACAUCGCCAGAUGAUGAUAGCCAAUCACAGAGCCAGUUUGAACCUGUUGCUGCGGCAACAGAACCCACCAAAGAUAAACACCAAUCACACGCUGAGCCUUCAGAGAGGGAGGAGGAGCCUGAAACGCCAGAGCCAACGGCACCAAACGUGGCAGUUGCUCGUGAGGUGUUUGCUGGGCAACAGCCAAUGAGGGAGAAGCAGGAUGCAGAGGAGGAGGAGGAGAGAGUGACUGGUAGAAUGGAUGAAGAAGAGGUGGAGAGGGAGGGCACCGAGCAGGAGGACCAAUCCGAUGUGGAGGAGGAGGAGCCAGUGAGCCCAGUGCUGGAACUGGACCCGUCUUUAGACAUGGAGGUGAUGGAGCUGAUGACCUCCUCAUCUCCUCCCCCCUCCCUCCUGCACCUCUCCUCCCCCAGUCCUCCUUCCUUCUCCCGCCGGGGGAAGGGUCAGACUCUGAGACUUCCUCCCUGCUCCUCCAGACCUUCAGAUGACCUCUCCAUCCGUCUGAGGCAAUCUCCCUUCUCCACUGAGGCCUCUCCCGAGACCUCCCCCACCAGAGCUCCCAUGACCCCGCCUCCACUUUCCCCACCCUCACCUUGUCUCCGGUCCUCCCCCGCUGCCAGAGAGUCUCCACCUCUCUCCAAGCCCCAGGCUCUUCCCACCACUGUGCUGCCCCUCACCCCUAAAAUCGGCAUGGGGAAACCGGCCAUCUCCAAGAGGAAGUUCUCCCCCGGCAGAGCCAGGAUCAAGCAGGGUUCGUGGUGGAGUAAUCGCAGGGCGGUGAGCCCUCCCUCGUCCUCCCAGGAUUCCACGGGGGAGGGAGGGUGGGACAGCCCUAAGCCCCGUCCACCGGACUCCCCCCUCUGGAGCAUGAGAGUGGGCCGUGGUUCAGGGUUUCCAGGCAGGAGGAGGUCCAGAGGAGGAGGUCUUGGAGGAGGAAGAGGAGGGAGAGGAAGGAGCCGGCUGAAGACUCAGGACACUCUGACUGUGUCACCUGGAUGUGCGUAUGUGGAGCCGUUCCAGCCGAAGGAAGAGGAGGAGAAUUCGAUGCACAACACGGUGGUGAUGUUCUCCACCUCCGACCACUACACCCUCAGACAGGACAUGUGUGUGGUGUGUGGUAGUUUUGGUCAGGGCGCUGAAGGCAGACUGUUGGCCUGUUCUCAGUGUGGACAGUGUUACCAUCCCUACUGUGUUAACGUCAAGAUCACGCGGGUCAUCCUGACCAAAGGGUGGCGCUGUCUGGAGUGUACGGUGUGUGAGGCGUGCGGCGAGGCCAGCGACCCCGGACGACUGUUGCUAUGUGACGACUGUGACAUCAGCUACCACACCUACUGCCUGGACCCGCCCCUUCAUACAGUACCUAAAGGAGCCUGGAAGUGCAAGUGGUGUGUGUGGUGUGUCCAGUGUGGCUCCGCCUCCCCCGGGCUGCACUGUGAUUGGCAAAGUAACUACAGUCGCUGUGGGCCGUGCGGCAGUCUGAGCUGCUGUCCUCUGUGUCAGAGACCGUACACACAGGACGACCUCAUACUGCAGUGUCAGCAGUGCGACAGGUGGGUCCAUGCUGUGUGUCAGGGUCUGACUACUGAAGAUGAGGUGGAGGUGGCUGCUGAUGAAGGCUUCGACUGUUCUCUGUGCCGAACACACGGCCGCAUCUCGUACGGGAGGUCGGACAGCUUUGAGUCUCCCUACAUGGCGCAGAUCAUCUCCAGGAUCAGAGAACCGGACACAAAGACGUACACUCAGGACGGCGUGUGUUUGACGGAGUCGGGUCUGUCUCAGCUGCAGUCUCUGGUCGAACCUCUGACGUCGCCGCGCAGGUACCGCAGGUGUAAACCCAAACUGAAGCUGAGGAUCAUCAACCAGAACAGUGUGUCUGUCCUGCAAACUCCACCUGACGCCGACCCCCCCACUGAGCAUGCCCACAGCAGAGGUGACGUGGAGUGUGAGAUGAAAUCCGACUCCAGCCCAGAGCGAGACCACGCCCACGAUAAUGAUGUCACCAAGGAGCCAGAGGUUGCCGACGGCAACAAGAAGAGGAAGAGGAAACCCUACAGGCCUGGUAUCGGGGGGUUCAUGGUGCGUCAGCGUGGGGGGAAGGCCGGUCCCAGCAGAAUCAAACUGUGUAGAAAAGAUUCAGCAGAGACGCUGCUGGGCCGAGACGAAGGUGAUUGUGUGUGUCGCACAUCAGGCCUUCUGGUCGCAGACGUUUCCAUGGAGACGGCGGCCCCCGCCGACCAGACGAUGGAGAAGGUGAAGAAGAGGUACAGGAAGAAGAAGACGAAGCUGGAGGAGGCCUUCCCUUCUUAUCUCCAGGAGGCGUUCUUCGGGCGGGAUCUUCUGGACCGCAGCCGGCAGGUGGACAGGAGGCCGGGGCCAGAGACGCCAGGUGCCAGCCAAUCAGGAGCGGUGACGGGUAACGUGAAAGGCCCCGCCCCUGGAUUGCAUGGCCCCUCCCCCUCAGGCCUGCCGGUUGGCGCCAUGGCAACCAACGCCAUCAAGAAGCAGGGAGCGCUGCCCAUGUCGGAGGAAGCUCUGUUGGAUCUGUCUGACGUUCUCAACACUGAUCCUCACAUACUGGCCACAGGACACACAGGUCAGUUCCAGGUGGAGCGCUCCCCCUCUCCGUUCGCCGGUCUGGACAUCAGCUCCAUGGCUGACGACCCGUCUUUGACAGGAAGUGGUGGGCGUGGCCAGAGGACGGUGCAGGAGGAGCCCCUGGACGCCAUCUUGAGUCCUGAACUCGAUAAGAUGGUCACUGACGGUGCCAUCCUCAGCAAACUCUACAAGAUCCCAGAGCUGGAGGGGAAGGACGUGGAGGAGGUGUUCACUGCUGUUCUCAGUCCAAACAGCAGCAACAACCAAUCAGAGCGGAGCCAACACACACACGCUGCUGCUGGGAGCAAGACAAACACAGCAGCUGUGUUUCCUCGUCUUCCGCUGAUGAACGGCCUGAUGGGAGCUGCUCCUCACUUUCCCAACGCUCCCAUGAUGCCCAGCGGUGCUCAGGGUCCAGCGGGCUUUAGGAUGCCCCUUCCCGAGUGCCCCACCCCCGCUCCACUCCCUGGUCCCGCCCCCGGGCUGUCCUCUGCCAAUCAGGGGUCAGCGGGAGAGGGCGAGCAGGAUGUGAUGUCGACGGCUCAGAGAAGCAUGUUGAAGUGGGAGAAAGAAGAAACUCUGGGAGAGAUGGCCACCGUCGCUCCCGUCCUCUACUGUAACACCAACUUCCCCCAACUGAGGGAGCAGUAUCCUGACUGGUCCACCAGAGUGAAGCAGAUCGCCAAGCUGUGGAGGAAAGCCAGCUCUCAGGACAGAGCGCCCUUCGUGCAAAAAGCUCGAGAUAACCGGGCGGCUCAGCGCAUCAGCAAGGUGCAGCUGUCCAACGACCCGCUCAAACGCCACCAGCCCUCGCAGCAGCCGCCGCCCCCGGGACCUUAUGACCCCGUUUCCAUGGAGACGGAUGGGGCGUUCAAGGACCCGCUGAGGCCCAAAGAGACAGAACAGGAGCAGGAGUGGAAGUUCAGACAGGGAGAGGUAAAUGACAGAUGGGGAGCCGGUAAGAAGAGGCAGGAAAAUCUCCCCCAAAGCAAAGCCCUAAAAUCACCAACAGAUAAAGAUUGUCCCUACCAGGCAUCUGUAGCAGGAGGUGGCAAAGAGGCUCUGCAAAUGCGUCAGAAGAGUAAGCAGCUGGCGAGGAUCGAGGCGACUCAGAAGUUGGAGCAGGUGAAGAACGAGCAGCUCCUGCAGCAGAGGCAGCAGCAGCAGCUGUUAGCCGGCCAGCGCCAACUUUCCCCGGAAACCGGCAGCCGGAGCCCCGUGACGCCCGUCGCCGGGGGCAACGGCUCCCCCCUCCACCCGCCGGCUUCCAGGGAGGGUCAGUCCAGACAGCACCUCCUCCUGCAGGGGGGCCAGAGUUCAGGAUUGGCUGACGACGUCUUCCUCAGACCACAAGCCCCUCCCCCCUCCGGGUUCUCGUCUCUCCCUCACUCCCCCCACCCCUCCUCCCCUCUCCAUCAGCCCCCAUCCUCCCCCCAGAUGUUCUCCCCGCCCUCCUCCCGCCCCUCGUCGCCCUGGGACCCCUACAGUAAGGUAGCAGGAACUCCUCGCCCCACCUCCUCGCAGGCUGGCGGCCCCCCAGCUCCCCAGCAGCAGCGUCGCAACUCCCUCAGUGCCUCGCCGGCCCACGAUGCCUUUGGUUCCCCCGCACCGUCCCCAGACUCUAAAACCUCUGAUGUCUCCAGGAGCCUCGGACCGCAACCAGGCCUGCAGCAGAGCAGAGCAGCUAUGAUGAGCCCCCCCUCGGGCUCGGCCCCUGAGCAUUUAGCCAGACAUGUUUGUAUCCGAGCGACGGAGACCUACCAGAGGACUCCCCAUAACAGCAGUAACAUCCGUGUAGCGGUGUCUGAAUUGUACGGUCGGGCUGGUGAACUGGUCCAGGGCGGGGUUUUUAAAGCCCCCAUGCCCCCCCACCAUCAGCCUCAGCCAGAGAUAUUUGGCAACACAGGAGGAGGAGGAAGGAGGGACCCGGUUAGACCCACAGACCUGGGCUUUACCCUACCCCAGUCGCAGGACCUUCCCUUCCCCUCUAGUCCGCUGUCAGGGCUGAGUUCCCCGCACCGCAGCCCCUACGCCCAGACGCCCGGCACCCCCAGACCUGACUACAGCCAGCAGAUCACUGACCCCUUCACCCAGCAGUCACCUAUGACCUCCCGGCCCUCGCCUGACCCCUACGCCAACCCUCAGACCCCUGGUACACCGCGCCCUCAAUCUGACCCCACAUACCUCGCCACACCGCCGGCGCUGCGACUGGACCAGUAUAACCAGCAGUCUGCCAACCGUCGGCCGUCCCCCUCCCACCCAGCCCUCGACCCCUAUGCCUCCAACCCAGGGACGCCCCACCCCUCUGUCACAGAGCGCUUCCCUCGAUCACCAGGCAGCCAGCGGAGCACUGACCCCUACGCUCAGCAACCCUCCACGCCGCGGCCCCAGAAGGCCCCUGAUUCAUUCUGCCAGGCCUCGGUGGAGAGCUUCAAUCCUCAGCCCGCAGGAUCCGGUUCAUCUCCUUUGGCUCCAGGACCGUCUGGAGAAACGGCGGCCUUCACUCCGACACACAACCAGUUGCAGCAGUCUCCAGGAAGACAACAAAUGCAGGAUUCAUUUCCCAGAACCCCCAGCAACCAGACCCCAAAGCACUCUGGGAUUUCAGAGGAGAGCGGCUUCUCUGGCUUGGCCAGUCAGACUCCUGGUCACGACCCCUUCGAGCAGGGUCACAUGACACCAGGCCCCUCGCAGACGGACAAGACGACCAAUGAAAUGGCAGCGCUGGCCGUGGCUUCUUUAGAUGGACCAAUAAGCAUGCUGCCUCAGCUUGGCGACUCAGAGGAGAAGCUGAGACAGCGCCAGCGGCUCCGGCAGCUCAUCCUGAGGCAGCAGCAGCAGAAGAGUGCGUUACGGCAGGAGAAAGGUCUGCAGGAGGCAGCUUCUGGACCCGCGGUACCCCCUGCUGCUGCACCUGGACCCACCCCUGGUUCUGCCACACCGCGUCACUGGUCCCAGGAGGACUCCUCCGCUGCUCCUCCAGCAGACCUGUUUGGACGUCCACCACCCCCUUACCCUGGCACAGUGAGGCCUGGUGGGGCGGGGGGGGCUCCGGCCCCGAGGUUCCCUGGAGGUUUCCCAGGGGAGCAGCAGAGGGGCUUCACCCCCACCGAGACUCCCUUCCCCAGGCAGAGCCUCCCCAGAGAGCUGGUGCUCCGAGGGCCGGUCCUGAGGUUCAGUGUUCCUCCAGGAGCUCAUGCGGGUUUCCAGGACUCCUUCUUGCGUCCUCCCCAGGGAUCGGUGCCUGGCUCUGGGCUCAGUGUGGUGGAGGGAGUCCCCGUCCAAAUGAGGAGGCCGAUGCCCGGGGAGUUCACCGGCAUCCGACCCCUCCCCGCUCCCAGCGCUCCCCCACACAUGCUGCCAGGUGUCCCCCAGCCCUUCCUCCCGCGCUCCCUCCCCCUCCAGCAGCACAGCAUCAUGGGACAGCCCUACAUCGAGCUUCGACACCGCGCCCCUGAACACCGCCUGAGGCUGCCCUUCCCUCUGCCGGCCUCCCCGGACCCCUCUGCCCCGCUGCUGCACCCCAGAGACCCCCAGGCGUCUCAGGUCAGACCCGGACAGGGGUCCAGAACGGUUGAGGCGCCGCUGGGCCAGCAGAUGGUGAUGGAACAGCUGAACCAGCAGCAUCAGCAGCACCUCGUCCACACAGCGGCGCUGACACAGAGCGGCGAGUCGGCACUGCCGGGGGCUGAUGGGAUAGAGGAGCACCUGGAGGGGGAGGACUCGGCCGUGAAGGAUCUGGAGGACGUGGAGGUGAAAGAUCUGGUCGACCUGAACCUGAACCUCGACCCUGAAGACGGUAAAGAGGACCUGGAUCUGGGUCCUAAUGACCUCCACGACUUCCUGCUGUCGGGGAAGUUUGACCUGAUCGCCUACGCUGAUCCCGAGCUCAAUCUGGAGGACAAGAAGGACAUGUUCAACGAGGAGCUGGACCUGGGGGAGCCGGUGGAGGAGAAGGAGGGUGGAGAGGAGGGAGGGAUCCAGCGGGUCCAGAAAGACAGAGAGCCACACCUGCUUGAUAGGCCAGGUCAAACAGGAAGUGCAGGACAGCAUCAAGACAGAAGCGAGGGACGGCCCCUCUGCACCCCAGUACCCUGCAUCACAGCCUGGGGUCAUCACCACCAGCAGACCCCCAGGAGCCCCAGGGGCCGAGGCAGCGGGCUCCAGCCAGCCCGGCUCCUCUGCUCUCCUCACCAAGGAGAGUGUCGAAGACUCUGGCUCCGCUUCAGGGGCCUUGCCAGCUCUCCAGACCCAGGAACAGGCUCCGUCGUCGGGCUUGGCAUCCAGGGUUCACCUCCCCAUGGCUGGAGGUCAACAGGUCUUCCAGCAGCAGCAGAGACCGUUUGGACCCUCCCCUCAGCUCUCUUCACCCCCACCCUCGCGGUCUCCCAGUGUCCCCCACCCCAGUCUGACUCCUCAGGGCCCCCUGCCCCGCCUCACCAGUUGUCCCUCCAACCCUCCCAGCCUCGCCUCCUCCUCAACCCCCAGACCCAGCUUCCGCACCCGGGGUCCUCCACCCAGACCCAGAGCCAGUCCGUCUUCACCCAGAACCAGGACCAGGACCAGAACAAGCACAGGCCUCUGCUCCUUGAGGAGCAGCCGCUCCUCCUGCAGGAGCUGCUGGACCAGGAGCGCCAGGAGCAGCAGCAGCAGAAACAGAUGCAGGCCCUGAUCAGACAUCAGUCCGCCCCAGACUCUCUGUUACCCAACAUGGCAGACUUUGACUCCAUCUCUGACCCCAUCAUGAAGGCCAAGAUGGUGGCUCUGAAGGGCAUCAACAAGGUCGUGACCCAGGGCAACCUGGGACUCAACCCCAUGGUCAUCAACAGGUUCCAGCAGGCUCCGGGGGCCCCGGUGGCUCCGGUGGCUCCGGUGGCUGUGGCGGCUCCAGUGGCCCCGGGUCCAGAGGGGACUCCUCAGCCUCCACACCUGGUGGAACAGGACGGGAAGUUGAACCCCCAGCUGGUGCGACCCAACCCCCCCAACUUCGGCCCGGGCUUCGUCAACGAGUCUCAGCGGCGGCAGUACGAGGAGUGGCUGGGGGAGACGCAGCAGCUCCUGCAGAUGCAGCAGCGCCUCCUGGAGGACCAGAUCGCCGCUCACCGCAAGACCAAGAAAUCUCUGUCGGCCAAACAGAGAACAGCCAAGAAGGCCGGCCGCCCCUUCGCCGAGGAGGACGCCGCCCAGCUCCGCCACAUCGCAGAGCAGCAGGGGGCGGUCCAGAAACAGCUGGAGCAGAUCCGGAAGCAGCAGAAGGAUCACGCGGAGCUGAUCGAGGACUACAGGACCAAGCAGCAGCAGCAGAGAGCUCUGCAGCAGCAGCAGCAACCGGCGGCCCCCCCCAUGAUGGCUGCAGGAGCACCCCCCAUCCCCCAGACCCUCCUCUCCCAGCCCAUGGUGUCCAUGCAGCCCCACGCGGGCAGCCCCGCGCCGGCCCAUGUCUCUAACGUGCCCUCUGGUUGGACCCCGGGGGGCGGGGCCCCGGGGGUGAUGGGGCAGAGGAUGCCACCUCAUCUGCCCCCUCAGAUGCCCCCCACCCUGCCUAACGCCCCCCAGGCUCCCCCACACACCCAGACCCCCCCGGCCAUGGUUCCCGGUCUCGCUGCUCCCACAGCGGGCUUCACUGCAGGCCCCCGGGGCCCCGCUGGAGGCCCCAAUGGAGCGGCGGGGGAUGGAGCCGCCCCCUCUCAUCAGGUGAAGUUUGACGACAACAACCCGUUCAGCGAGGGUUUCCAGGAAAGAGAGAGGAGGGAGAGGCUGAGGGAGCAGCAGGAGAGGCAGAGAGUUCAGCUCAUGCAGGAGGUGGAGCGUCAUUGCGCCCUGCAGCAGAGACUGCAGCUGGAGCAGCAAGGCCUCCUGGGAGCCUCCUCGGGUCCUGGAGCUGGAGUAGCAGCCAUGCCCACAUCUGGAGCUCUAUCAGGGACUCGAGUCGGGCAAACACCGGGACCUGGAGGUCCUGCUGGGUCAGCACCCGCCCCCGGAGGGGACAGUCUUUCCCAGAUGCCCUUCUUCAGCUCUGAGCUGCCCCAGGACUUCCUGCAGUCCCCCCAAACCUCCAGACCUCCCCCACAGCACCAGGGCCAGGCGGGGGCGCCAUUCCCCCAGCAUGCAGGCCUCCACCAGGGCUUCACAGGAGGACCCCUGCACCCCGGAGCUCACCCAUCUCCAGGUCUGCUGCCCGGGGCCGCAGCAGAGCGGGGCAGGGUCCCGUCUGAGCACGGGCCCCCCGUGGAUUUAGCUCCUUCCAACCUCCAGACCAGACCGAGGCUCUCAGGCCCCACCGGGCCCUCAGCCCAGGGGCAGGUGCGGCCAGCUGGGACAGGAGCAGCAGGAAUGACCCCCUCCCAUCCUGGAGGUCAGGCUCAUCGAUUUGGACACGACUCCUCCUCUUCCUCCCCCUCUACCCCCUUUCCCCCCUCCUUCCCCUGCUCCUCCUCUGGAGGCCCCGCCUCCCUCAUCCAGCUCUACUCUGACAUCAUCCCCGACGACAAACCAAAGAAGAAGAGGAGCAGGAAGAGGGACGGAGACGACGCCGCGGGCAGAGGAGGAGCCAGGACGCCGUUGUCCUCGCACUCCGAUGACAUCACAGCUCCGCCCACUCCGGCUGUCUCGGACACUUCCUGCUCCACGCCCACUCGGGGCAGCAUGGACCAAUCAGAUCUGUCGUUCUCUCUCAGCUCCUCCCUCUGUGGUCUGGCUCCGUCGUCGGAGUUGGAGAGGCAGCUGUCCGUCAUCUCUGCAGCCCAGCAGAGAGGCUCCGUCCUGGGCAUGGACUCUCUGAGAGGUCCCCUGUCUGCAGCUCGUCUGGAGGUCAAGGAGGAGCGUGAGGAGGGAGGAGCGUGCGGAGGAGGCGUGGUGAAGAUGGAGGAGGGCGGGGGUGAGAGAUUGUUCUCCCCCUCUCCUCUCCACGGGGGAGGGAAAGACGGAGACGGGGGAAAGGAGCUGCUCAGGCACCUGUUGAAGGACAAGACCUCCCCGGCCACCACGCCGUCACCCACCGGCCAGGCCCCGCCCACCGCCCGCCGCCAGCUGUCCAAUGAGAGCGUCCGGUCCGAGGAGGAGGACCGGCCUGGUUCCCAUGGCAAUGUGGUGACGACGGACAGUCCGGGUCCGGAUCUCCUGGACUCCUCCGGCAGGAAGAAGACUCAGCGCUGUAAGAGACUCACUCGGCCGGAGAAAGACAGAGCUCCUCCCAAAAGCAAGAGGAGGAAGAGAGAGGAGGAGGAGAAGACGCUCCGCUCCUCCAGCACCUCCUCUGACACGCUGAUGACACACCUCACACAGCUGUCCGUGCUGCCCCUCAUGGAGCCGGUUCUGGGGGUGGAUCUGGGUCUGUUCCCCCCGUACGGCAGCUCCUCUCUGGGCAGAGACUCCAGACUGACGGGCUCCUUCGGUAACGCCUGCCUGGACGGAGUCACCGACUACUACUCCCAGCUCAUAUACAAGAACAACCUCAGUAACCCCACGCCUCCCGCCUCCCUGCCCCCCACGCCCCCGCCUGUCGCCAGGCAGAAACUGGUGAACGGCUUCGCCACGACGGAGGAGCUGUCCAGGAAGGACAUCACCGAGCAGGACGUUAAAGGUGUGAAGCAGAAGGGGGAGGGGCUUCUGGCUCUAAACCACGCCUCAAAGACUGUGGAUGUACCCGCCUCCCUGCCGACCCCGCCCCACAACAACCAGGAAGAGCUCAGGGUCCAGGACUCGUCGGAGCGCGACAGCCCGGACGGCUUCGUCCCGUCGUCGUCUCCAGAGAGCGUGGCCGACAUGGAGGUCAGCAGGUACCCCGACCUCUCCUUCAUCAAACUGGAGCCGCCCUCGCCCUGCCCGUCGCCUACAAUACCCAUCAUGCCCUGCGCCUGGGGAAAAGGCUCUGCAGUGAAACAGGAAGUGAAGUCGGAGCCUAACCACCAGGCUCCUCCCUCCUGCACUAACACAGACCUGGUUACCAUAGCGAUAACCCUGAACCCUGUCGCAGCUCAGAACGUUGCCGACGUGAUGGCGGCGAUGGCGAAGCUGCUGCAGGUCCCCGUCCCCGCCGACUACCAGCUGAGCCGACCCGCGGGCCCCGAGCGCAGCUCUCUGGCCCUGCUGGCCGGAGUCCGAGUGCCGCUGACGCAGAGUUCAACAGGCGGCAGACAGCAGAGACCUCCACCUGCUGCUGGGAACGCUGGUGUCAGAAUGGACUACAUCCAACAUGGCGGCCCUGCUGCUGCUGCAGCCAGGCCUCAGUGUUGCAGCUGCUGCAAGGUGCUGCUGGGAAACGGAGUCCGUAUCAUCAAGGAGCUCAAACAGGAGGGUCAGUCCAGACCAGGAUCCAGCCUGGUGUUCUGCAGUCCAAACUGUUCUGCACUCUACACAUCUGACCUACAGAACAGAACAGCUGGAAACAAGUCUGCAGACCCCGUCCUGCUGUCCGGCUCUGAGUGCCCCCCUCCCAGCAGAGUGCAGCACCAGUACACCAACAACAUGUCUUCCAUCGCUGUCCACUCCCUCCUCCACACUCCCUCCGCACCUCCCCCCACCUCCUCUUCCCCACCACUCUCCUUCCCCCCUGCCUCCGCUAUCACCAUGGAGACCAGGCCCCGCAUUGACAGCCUCAAGGUGAAGGUGAAGUUGAAGCCCCGCCCCCGGGCGGUCCCAGGUGGAGAGGACUCGAUGUCGUCUCGCCACGGGAAGAGGAUGAAGAGUUCCCGCUGGAGACGCUGGAGCUUUAGUAUUACGCUGAGCAGGGGCCCUUGCAUCCCUAACGAGGCGGUUGCCAUGCCAACAGAGGAGGAAGUGGAUGUGCUGCUGAAGAAGUUGGGGGCGUGUCUUCGUCCUGACCCGUCACCCAAAGACCAACGGAGGUGCUGCUUCUGUAACCAGCAGGGAGACGGACAGACGGACGGACCAGCCAGACUGCUGAACCUGGACCUGGACCUGUGGGUCCACCUGAACUGUGCUCUGUGGUCCAGUGAGGUGUAUGAGACUCAGGCCGGAGCUCUGAUCAACGUGGAGCUGGCUCUGAGACGAGGUCUGAGUCUACGCUGCGCUCACUGCCAGCAGACCGGAGCCACGAGCGGCUGCAACCGCCUCCGCUGCACCAACACCUACCACUUCACCUGCGCACUGCAGGCCCACUGCACCUUCUUCAAGGUACCACACUGUGACACACACACACUUGGGGACAGGUCCUCCAGCUGCUGACCUCCGGCGAUGGCGACCCCUGUGGCGAUGGCGGCCUGUGACCCGUACGACACGGAGCUGCGGUGCUUUGCCGUGUUCCGCCGGGUGUUUGUGCAGCGGGACGAGGCGCGGCAGAUCGCCGCCGUGGUGCAGCGCGGCGAUCGGCAGCACACCUUCCGGGUCGGCAGCCUGCUGUUCCGUGCCAUCGGCAGGCUCCUCCCACAGCAGAUGAACGCCUUCCACAACAAGACCUCCAUCUUCCCCAUCGGUUACCAGGCCAACCGCAUCUACUGGAGCAUGCGCCACAGCAACAGACGCUGUAAGUACAUGUGCUCCGUCGAGGAGCAGGAGGGCCAGCCGCUGUUUAAAGUGAAGGUGGUGGAGAAGGGCUACGAAGACCUCGUCCUGACCGGAGCGACACCUAAAGCUGUGUGGGACCAGAUACUGGAACCAGUAUCACAGAUGCGAUCCUCCAGUGGGACUCUGAAGCUCUUCCCAGUUUACCUGAAAGGAGAAGAUCUGUUUGGUCUGACCACGUCUGCAGUGACCCGGAUCAUCGAGUCUUUGCCAGGUGUGGAGAUCUGCGAGCGUUACAGCUUCCGUUACGGCAGGAACCCUCUGAUGGAGUGGCCUCUGGCCUUCAACCCGUCCGGCUCAGCCCGCUCUGAACCCAAAGCCUGCCAGGCCAAGAGACCGAACCUGUUGACCAGCAUCGCUCCCAGGUGUCAGGGCUCGGUGGGCUCCAUCGUGGGUCUCGUGCCCGGCGUCAUCUCUCUGUCUCCGGGCGAGUCUGUGGCCGGAGCCCACCAGGGCCGCCACUCCAAGUCGUCCCAGUACCGACGCAUGAAGGCCGACUGGAAGACCAACGUCUACCUGGCCCGCUCUCGCAUCCAGGGUCUGGGUCUGUACGCUGCCAGAGACAUCGAGAAAUGCACCAUGGUCAUCGAGUACAUCGGCACCAUCAUCAGGAGUGAAGUCGCCAAUCGCAAGGAGAGGCUGUACGAGUCACAGAACCGCGGUGUGUACAUGUUCCGGAUCGACAACGACUUCGUGAUCGACGCCACCAUCACUGGAGGACCGGCCAGGUACAUCAACCACUCGUGUGCUCCCAACUGCAUCACGGAGGUGGUCACUGUGGAGAAGGAGAACAAGAUCAUCAUCAGCUCCUGCAGACGCAUCCAGAGAGGAGAAGAGCUGUCUUAUGACUACAAGUUCGACCUGGAGGACGAUCAACAUAAGAUCCCGUGUCACUGUGGAGCCGUCAACUGCCGCAAAUGGAUGAACUGAACAGACAGCUGCCUGUCUCUCUCUCUGUCUCUCUCUCUGUCUCUCUCUCUGUCUGUCUCUCUGCCUGUCUCUCUCUCUUUCUGUCUCUUUCUGUCUGUCUCUCUCUGUCUCUCUCUCUGUCUCUGUCUCUCUCUCUGUCUGUCUCUCUCUCUUUCUGUCUCUUUCUGUCUGUCUCUCUCUGUCUCUCUCUCUGUCUCUGUCUCUCUCUCUGUCUGUCUCUCUCUCUGCCUGUCUCUCUGUCUGUCUCUCUCUCUCUCUCUCUCUCUCUCGGUGCUGAAGCUGGAUGUUGAUCGCCCGUCACUCUGUGGGCGGAGCUACACUUCAUAUCAGAAGUCAAUAUAUUAAUAAUAAUGAAGCUGAUCGCAGAUUUGAUCAGAGAUAAUAAUGAUGAUGUGGGUUUGAUUGACAGACGAGGGGGCGGGGUUAUAUAUCAGUGUGGGCGGGGCAAUGGACAGGGUGAUUGAUUGCCAUGUGGGGGCGGGGCUUAUGACGAGGCUGGUCCUCUGUGUGUAUAUUGGGUGUAAAAACGACCACAGAUGUAAAUGUGAGUGUAAACGCCUCCUCAGAGGAGCUUCAUUAACUUGCACUAAAAAAACACAAAACUACAAAAACAGAGAAAUUUCCAGAGAAGCAUACUUGAUUCCUCCUCCUCCCUGCGUUUUUGUUAAUUUCCUGUAAAAUAAGAGAUUUUGUUUCUUUUUGUAUUUAUUACUGAAUGAAGCUAUUUUCUAAAUCCACGGUGAGUUCAAGGUCCGGAGUCGCAGUGUGUAAAUAUCUGUAUCAUAAAUUUAAAAAAACAAAGUGUUUAGAGAUCACUCCGCCGUGAGUUACCUUAACAUCCUCAUCCUCACCGUCAUCACCUGCGAUCAGAGCGCUCUUCUGUUUGAGUUUUAAAUAAAGUUUCACUGUUUCUGCUUCCUGUCCCGGCGCUGGAGGCGGUGCGUCCUGAUUGGACAAAGACUAGAUGCUUCCUGAGCGUCGGGCAGGUUUCACUGCGGCCUUCAUCUGACUUCAGUUUCUUUGUGUGUUUUUUUUCACCCAGCGUUUCGGCUGCAGGCGUCUGUGUUUUUGGUUUUUCACUUUGUGUUGUGGAGUUCAGAGUCCUGCUGCCGUGUACAUAUGAGGUUUUAUCAGGACUCUGCUGAUGUGUACAGUUUGACGACAUAAAGCCUCGUUUUUGUUUUUUAUUAUUGGACGCAAACAGAGUGUGAUGAUGAUGAUGAGGAAGAUGUUUCUGUUUUUUUGUUUUUGGGAAAAAUGUGGAAUCUGAUUUAGAAUCAUUUACAGAAAAUAAAAUAUUUUACAUCUUGAAGAAA